AUGAGGUCAACUCUGUUGCUCAUUAUCGGGUUUGUUGGGGCUAAUUGCAAGGAAGCGUUGAAGAGGAACGUAAAUAUUAGUUCUGAUUUCUCUUCCGAUGUCACCUACCAAGCUGGACUGUCGACUGUAGGGCUUGGUUUCGUAUUAUGACCUCGUUUUCAGCCUGAGUUGAUAUUGUAUUGGGGUUAUCCUGUUCAAACGUAUGACGUCGUGACGGAAGAUGGCUACAUUUUGCAGCUUCAUCGCAUACCAUAUGGAAGAAACGCGCAGCCAGCAGACAAAAAACCCGUCGUCUUCCUCCAGCAUGGCCUCGAAGCCAGCAGCAAUAAUUGGGUAUCCAACCUGCCGCAUCAAUCCGCUGCCUUUAUUUUUGCUGAUCAGGGCUUCGACGUAUGGAUGGGCAACAUGCGCGGUAAUCGUUACAGUAAGCGCCAUGUGAGAUUGCAUCCCAUGAAAAAGGAUUUUUGGCGGUUUUCCUUCGACCAAAUGGCAAAGUAUGAUCUCGACGCAAUGAUCAAUGCGGUUCUGAACGAGACGGGCCAUGAGAGCCUUUACUAUGUUGGGCAUAGCCAAGGAACGUUGACUAUGUUUAGCAAGUUGAGCAUGGAUCCGAAUUUUAACAAAAAGGUAACACAAUUUUUUGCGUUAUUUUGAUUAUGACCCUAACCUUAUACAAAUUUCAGAUCAAAAAAUUUUUCGCUCUUGCGCCGGUUGGAACAGUUAAACAUAUUGGUGGAAUUCUUAAAUUCAUUGCACAUACCUUUUAUGACCUUGUUAGGAUUGGCUCUAAAUUUGUGGGAAACGGGGAAUUCCUUCCUAACUCGUGGUUAUAUCGAACAUUUACUCAACUUAUUUGCGGUGACAAGCUUGGCAAUGUGUUAUGCGACAAUUUUCUGUUCUUGAUUACCGGUCCGGACUCUCAUCAAAUUAAUGUCACAAGGACACCAGUAUAUGCGGCACAAGUGCCCGCUGGCACCAGCGUCCAGAAUAUUAUCCACUGGGCUCAGCUGGUCAGAACCGGAGCCCUCAAGCAGUACGAUUUUGCCAAUUUGAAAGAAAACAUUCAACACUACGGUAGCAAAACGCCCCCGGCAUACAACCUAAAGCAAACCAACGCCCCGGUGUACCUAUUUUGGAGUGAUUUCGACUGGUUGGCGGACAAAAAAGACAUUGAAGAGUUCUUGAUUCCCAAUUUGCGCAAAGAUUAUUUGGUGGUAGGUGAUCUGGCAGAGUAUUUGUCGCGAGUUACUGAAGAAAGUUCGUUCUAGUGCGUACACUGUGCUGCUCUUUUCAGGAGAAUAUCCAAAUUCCAAAAUAUAACCACAUGGACUUUGUUUUCGGUGUAAAUGCCAGCCAAGACGUUUACUAUCCGAUACUAAACAGAAUUCGACUUGAUUUGGGGAAGCAACCGAUUGAAUUCAAUAACUACGUGUUUUAA